CUCAUCCUCUCACUCACCGAGAAGGGUAGACGAUGGCGAACGCCCACGCUCACGCUGCACUACAAACAUUCUCGAUCGAGAAUGAUAUACUAAAUGUCCCCGCACAGCACGAGCUGUACAAGUUCGACACGGCGGCGGACAAGAAAGUCCAGCAGGCUGCGCCGUGGUCGAAGGACCCGCACCACUUCAAGUCCGUCAAGAUCUCCGCCAUUGCCCUCAUCAAGAUGGUCAUCCAUGCCCGAUCGGGCGUGCCGUGGGAGAUCAUGGGUAUGAUGCAGGGGAAAGUGACGGGUGACUUGAUCGUCAUCCUGGAUGCGUUCGCGCUCCCCGUGCAGGGUACGGAGACGCGUGUGAACGCUGCUGCUGAGGCGAACGAGUACAUGGUGUUGUAUCAAGAAGGGAGCAAGCAGGCGGGGAGGAUGGAGAACACGAUUGGAUGGUAUCACUCGCAUCCUGGAUAUGGAUGCUGGCUAUCUGGUAUCGACGUUGAUACUCAGAACCAAAACCAAAAGUAUCAGGAUCCAUUCGUUGCUGUUGUGGUCGACCCUAACCGUACCAUCUCCGCUGGCAAGGUGGACAUUGGUGCUUUCCGUACCUAUCCUGAAGACUACAAACCCCCAUUAUCCUCUUCCUCGCAGCAAUACCAAUCCAUCCCGCUUAACAAGAUCGAAGACUUUGGCGUUCACAGCGAACGUUAUUACCAGCUACCGAUCAGUAUCUUCAAGUCGCCGCUAGAUGACAAGCUGCUGAACUUACUAUGGAACAAGUACUGGGUUGGGACGCUGUCACAGUCGCCGUUGAUCUCCAACCGUUCCUAUGCCAUCUCGCAGACGCUUGAUCUUGCCGAAAAGCUGCAGCGUAUAUCAGGCUCGUUGUCUUCUCGCCAACCUCCUGCUAUCGCCCUUCCACCCCGUUCCUCAGCUACGAGCACCUCGGCACUCAUGGCCAACCUCGCUACUAGUGAUAUCACCGCAACCCCUGGCAAGGGCAAGGAGAAGGAAACUGAGAAGCCUAAAGUCGAGAAGGAACGCAAAGUGGAGGAAACACAGCUGGGAAAGGCUGUACGAGACAGUACCAAGAUCGCUUCCGAAGCACAACAUGGGCUCAUAGCUCAGGUGCUGAAGGAUGUGUUGUUCUCGGCACGGCCUGGGGAAGGGAUCGAGAGCUCGACUGCGGGGCUGGGCGGUGGAGUCACUGGUGUAGAACAGCAGAUCGCGGUGGUCUCUGGAUCGAGCUAGACAAUGUGUGGGUAUUGCGUGCAUAAUGAGAUACGGUAGUAGAUGUAUGCAUAGCGAUUUCAUGAUCGACGAGUUUGACC